CCGUGACUUCAUGGUCUGGAGCUAAUGGUAUAUGAACGGCGCCGGAGUUUGAAAUCUGCAGGUUGAAAUUGAAGCUUGUUAGCGCUGUGUCUGUGCAAGUCGAUUGCAAUUGUUUCCGUGAGUGACGUUUGAUAUUGAGGCUGAAGUGGGUGUUGCGGGCUGUCGUAGAAGUAAAUUUAAGUAUUGCUGAGGCAUGGCGGAUAGGAAAUUGGAAGUUCUGCUGAAAUCCGCGACCGACUUGAAGAAAGUGAACAAGACCAAGAUGCACGCGUACGCCGUGGCAUGGGUUGAUCCCAUCAUUCGAGUGCCAGGUCCCGUCGACAGGAUUAACGGCAGCAACCCUGUGUGGGAAACCCCCAUCACCUUGACGCUCAAGGGACGCUCGCUAGGCCAAAGCUCAAAACUUAACAUCGAAUUGCUGGGUCUAGGAUUCGUGUCCACCAAGCCCAUUGGAAGCGUGGUUGUUGAUCUUGCUGAGAUUCUGCAACAAGGAGCUUCGGGUGCGGCUGUCAAGAAAGAGUAUGUGAAUUAUCCGGUUUUCCUGCCAUCUGGUGCAUCACACGGAAGUAUUAGCUUUGAUCUUCGUUUGAAGGAGUGCCGGUCCAUGCUUGCUGCCCAAGUUGCACAAGGUAACGAAGACACGUCAAACUUCUAGACACAAAAAUUGAUUUCGGAAACAUCGAACAUGAUUAUCGAAACUUCUGUGUUCUGUAAAUUAACCACGACAGCCAAGUGAAGCGAAACUGGGGAAGGACGACGUCAAGUCUCUGAAAGUGCUUACAAUUGUAGAAAAUUUAUUUACCCCCUCAACCAUGUAUCAAAACAUUUGUAAUAUCUGAUUGUAGUCUUUAGUAUCCAUCAAUCAGAACAACCUCGGAUAAGGAAUUGAAUUCGAAACAUUACUUAAAACAACCCAGGAAUCCCUACUCCUACGCAUCAUUCAUCAUGAGCGAAAAAAAAUUGUAUAUCCUCAACAAUGACUAGAGAACCAAACCUCGAAGUUAUCAUGGCCUUAGUGGAUAGGUCAUAUCUUACGGCGAUGACAUUAUUUGUUCCAUACUAAAGAGCACACUUGGAGCACGUCUCUGUGUGUCAUUCAUUUACAUUCAAUCAUAAAUCAUGAGAAAUUCAGCACCUGUUGCACUUUUCAAUACAAAAGGCACUCAUUCAUUAA